AUGGGCGAGCGGCGUCUCUUCGUAUCUCUUCGCCACGCUCUUUUUCCCGAAGAUGCACGGUAUUCCAUAUCUAUCUUGAACGUCCAUAACUUUAAGAUCAAUGGAGCUCAACGGCGACGGCUUGCUGAACACUGGCAUGACCAACAGAAAUGGGCAGAGGACGACCCUCUUCGGCGCUUCUUUGUGGUUGCGGGGGACUUCAACCAUGACCCGCAGGGCCCUAGGCAGCAUCUCCACCCCGAGCUGGUCCAGCAGACUGGCGCGAGACGGGACCAUCAUCAGCAGGCUUACUGGCGGAGGCUGACCGGGAGGAUGAUGGAGGUGCUUGCAGAGGUCCCGACGCAUUUCGACAGGCAUUCGCAAUCGGCGGCCACGCUGGAUCGAUAUUUUGUCUCCCUCCCUGGGCACGUCAUCUUUGCGCACGAGGUACUUCUUCGGGUCCAUGCUGAUCCUGCUGAGCUGUCUGCUGGGCGGUUCAGUGACCAUGGACUGAUGCAUCUGGUCAUUCGCUCGCAGGCCCCUGCGAGGCACGACCAGAGAGGCAUCCCUGCGUUCAUCUUUCAGGAACCGCUGUACCGACAUAUGUAUCAGAAGCGGCGCGACCAGACGGAGCUCCCGAGAGGCGAACCAUUGGUGGUGUGGAGCCGGUGCAAGGAGCUGAUGAUCCUCGCUGCCCGCAUGACACGCGAUGUGAUCAUGGCCGGCGUAUCUUCCACGAUGUCCUCCUCGAGUGCGGCGCGCGCUAUGGUGCUGCGGGCGACGGCGCGUGCUGUGUGGCGUACUGCGAGCACGUUCUGCGCCACUUCGCCUCUUGCAGCUCAGCACUUGGUUGUGCGGGGAGGACGGGUUGCCCUCCAGAAUACGGACGUCUUCGCUAACCAGAUCAGCACCGUCAGUGCCGACCUGGCGACGCAGGCGCAGCAAGAAACACACGGGGCAGCACGCCGUGCGGUGACUGCAGGCAGGCGGCGCGAGUCUGAUCAUUGGCGGAAGGUGCAACGGCGGGCUCAGGCUUGGGGGCGCAUUUGGCAACCGUUUCGGCGUGCUUUGGUUCUGCAAGGGAUCAAGGUCACGCACGGCGACGACAUCCAGCCGAGGGCGGUGCGCGAUCCCAUGGAGAUGAUCCAGGCGCUGCGAGACCAUUGGUCCCCGAUCUUCGCAGACAAGGCGACCGAUUCUGGGGCGGUGGAGCGCUACCUGGAUGAGGUCAUGCCGCCGCUCGCGGAGCAGCCGCCCCCACUGCCGACGCUGGAGGAUCUGGAGCACGUGGCGCGCAACGCGCGCCUGGCGGCUGCGGGCCCCGAUAUGCUGCCGUACCGCGCCUGGCUCUCCUCGGAGGGGUCGCUCGAGAUUUUGCACGCGGUAAUGAUGGAGCUCAUGCGAGGCGCCCGGCCGCCUCCUCAAUUCAAUCACUCGCUGAUGCUGUUCAUCCCGAAGGGUGACCAGCCGCCGUCGGCGACGGAAUGCAUUCGGACGCCAGGGGCCCUCAGGCCAAUGACAUUGAAGAACUCGGAUGCGAAGCUCUGCACUGCCGCCGGCAAUCUCUACUUGCGCACGCUGGCCGAGCAGUGCGUUGACGACGUGCAGCGAGGCUCCAUCCAGGGCCGGACCUUCACAGACAAUAUCUGGCAGUUGGACCUGCAGGCGCGGGCCCAAGGCGUCGCGCCACUCGCGGAGGAGCGUCGCCCAGCCAUGUGCUCCUUCGAUGUAGCCGCGGCGUUCCCGUCCCUGGCACGCCACGGGUUGUUCGCCAGUUUGCGGAGAUAUGGGCUGCCUGCGGAAUACCUUCUGCUCGUGCAGGCGCUGUGCUUUGACCAGUGUUGCUGGGUUCGCUCCGGCGGUGCACUCUUCGUGCUGUGCCCUGUGGACUGCGGCGUAGCGCAGGGGUGUCCCCUUAGCGGCGCUCUAUGGGCCCUGGCGUUCAACCCAUUCCUCGUUGGCAUGCAGAGGAUCUUGAUCGAGCCUUCAAGCAACGACAUGGCGAGGAGCGCCAGGAUGAACACGGAGUACGACCAGCAUGUCCUCCGCUGGCACUGCGGCAGCCUAGCGGCGUGCGCGGAUGACCUCGGGCUGAUCGCGACCGCCCUCGCGCGCAUUACACCUUUGAAGCCGCAUUUCGAGGCCAUGUCGAUUAUUGCUGGCCUCCGGCUCCAGCCGUCGAAGUGCGUUCUGGACUUCAGAAUUGCGAGCUUCAUUAAAGACUUGGGCGUCAAGCUCGGCCUGGGCGCAACGAACGACAUGCUGUGGGCGGAGGCGGCAGGCAAGUGCCACGCGCGCUUGUGUCUAUUCCGGGACUGCCCAGCACCAAACGAGGCGAUAGUGCGCGACUACAACUCGGCGGCGCUGCCCGUGCUGAGCUACCUCAUGCAGUUCUUCGUUAUAGCGUUCACCAGAAACGACCUGCUCAGCAUGCGGCGCUGGGUGUCCAUGACGUCCUUCGCGUCGAUGCUCGCCCUGUCCUUCGCUACGAUGUGGCGCGCAGCGGCGGUCACCAUGACGGAGUGGCCGAGAUGGCUGGAGAGUUUGCGCGAGCAUGCGCUUGAGGAGGGUUUGGCGACACGGGUGGGACAGGAGCUGUGGUCUGCUCCGUUUUGGAAGGAAGAGCGUGCCAUGGUCCAGACGUUCGAUGACCACCUCUCGGCGCGCCCUCACGCUCGUCUUCGUCGCAACGGCGUUCGCGCGGCAGCCAGUCUCAACAUGGCCCGGAGGGAGAUCGAGCAGCACGCGAGGCGUUCCCAGGGACGCGACAGCGCCCCCGUCCUGAAGGCGAUCUACCAGUCCAUGGCCCAGGAGCUUCAUGACGACUCCUUCCACGUCACCAUCGGGAAGAGAUUGGAGAAAUGGCUGGCUGAAGAUGGCGAGGUGGUACCCGGAGACCUCCAGGAACGGUGGCAUCGUCUCCGCGCCACCCUCGCUACCCUGAGGCCUGGGGUGUGCUGGGCGGUGGUGAAAACCUUGGCUGGGGCAUGGCCGACAAGCCACCGAAUGCACGUGUUAGACGAGCGCCUGACGUGCAGGUUCGGCUGCCAG